UCAACUUACGCCACUUAAAUUCUCGUGUAACUAUUUUUAGUUACUCUUGUGUUGUUUAAAAGGCCAAUUUACGUAAAAGUUAUAAGAAAUUUGAAAAAAAAAAAAACGGACGUCUAUAAACUAGACCUACAACGCCACGGACACACGGGCCCGUGUAAGGCCUCUUUUACAAAGACAGGCCCCAGAACCCCCACGGUGAGAGUGUUUGAAAAUUAAAUUCAAGCUGAGCAAAUUUUUCUUCGAUAACAAUUUAAACCUUAAAUUACAACAACGGGUACUUCAAAGAUAAUAGUUAAAUUAUUGAUACAUUUGGAUCAUAAGAUGUUAAGAAAAUUUUUGAGUCCAAAAACUUUUUUUAUUUAGUGUUUUGUUGUGUUUAAAAAAAAAGAAAAAAAAUUUAAUAAGGUUGUUGUAUAAAUGGUUUAAGUUUAAUUAUUUUUUUUUAAUUUAAUUUAACUUGUGUACCUAUCGAUGCUGUAAAUAUUGAAACGCUGCUGCAAAGUUUCAAAAAAAGUUAAAUUUAUUAUUCAAAUAAAGGAUUUUUGAAAGACGACGUUAAAAAUAAAAUUCGCUAAACUGUUGCUGUUAGACUAUUUAUUCGCUAAAAUGGGUCCACCACAUGGUACAACCGUCAACGGUACUCAAAUGCCACCGAAAACAACCGAACGCAGUGAGGCACCUAUCGAGUUGACCGGUUACAAGAAGUGGCUGCAUGAAAAUAUGAUGCUGCUGGUAACGCUGUCUGGAGUUCUAUUGGGUGUUACAUUGGGAUUCAGCUUACGACCACUGAAAUUAAAUGCAGAGGCCAUUAUGCUCAUCUCGUACCCCGGUGAACUCUUUAUGCGGGUCCUUAAGUUGAUGAUCCUUCCACUUGUCAUAUCGAGUUUGAUUGCUGGCUCGGCCAGUCUCAAUGCCCGUAUGAAUGGAAAGAUUGCUCUAAGGACAUUGGUAUACUUUGCAGCUACGUCAUUCUUCAAUGCACUUCUUGGCAUCGGCCUUGUGUUGCUCAUACAUCCAGGUGAUCCGGGAAUGCAUAAUAAUGCUGAUCGGUCUGCUGACAAUAAAGCAGCAAAUUUAUUGGAUAGCCUUUUGGAUCUAGGAAGAAACGUCUUUCCCGACAAUCUAUUUCAAGCUGCUUUCCAACAAGCUCACACCGUCUAUGUCCCAAAACCAUCAAUUCAUCAAAGCUUCAAUGAAACCCUUAAUGAGACCUCCACCGAUCUGGCCGACGAAAAUGCAAACGAUCAAUCAAUCGCUAGCAAUGGUGAAGUAGAACUCAUUCGAGUUGUACAAUAUCGUACUGGCACCAAUACCCUGGGCAUUGUUUUCUUCUGUUUGGUUUUUGGAACAUUGCUCGGUACAAUUGGCAGCAAAGGCCAAGUUGUGAUAGAUUUCUUUUCGGCUGUUUUUGAGGUUGUGAUGAAGAUGGUCACCUGUGUGAUGUGGCUAACGCCAAUUGGCAUCAGUUCGGUGAUAGCUGGGAAAAUUCUCGGAGUGAGCGAUUUAAAUUUGGUGAUGGCACAAUUAAUGUGGUUUAUAAUAACGGUGGCAGUUGGUGUCUUCCUUUAUCAAUUUAUCAUAAUGCAAUUAAUUUAUUUUGUAUUUUUGCGUCGGAAUCCAUUCAAGUUCUAUUGUGGACUCAUUCAAGCGAUGCUAACCGCAUUUGCAACAGCUUCAACUGCUGCAGCGUUACCAAUUACAUUCCGUUGUAUGAAUGACAAAUUGCAUGUAGAUCAAAGGAUAACUCGGUUCGUCCUUCCAAUUGGAUGUAACAUCAACAUGGAUGGCACAGCACUGUUCAUAUCCAUUGCCUCGAUAUUUAUAGCUCAAAUGAGUGGAAUGACUUUGGGCUUUGGGGAAUUGGUUACGGUUCUUUUGACUUCGACUGCUGCUUCAAUGAGCUCGGCCAGUGUUCCAAGUGCUGCAUUGGUUCUGUUGUUGGUUGUAUUAUCGGCUAUCGAUGCUCCUGUUCAAGAUGUCACUUUGCUGUUUGCUGUCGAUUGGUUUGUAGAUCGUAUGCGAACUACCAACAAUAUGCUUGGAGAUUGUUAUGCUGCUGCUGUUGUUGAAGAACUCUCUAAAAAAGAAUUGAUGGCUCUAGAUGCAGCUGUUCUCUACCAGGAGUUACCAGUUACCAAUGGACACAUUAUUUUGGAUGGGCAAACCGAUUUAGAUAGGAAAUGUUCGUUACCUGAUUCUGUUAUUGUCGACAUGAAUAAUGUUAUGAAUUCUGUUAAUUUACAUAAUGGUCUUACUAAUAAUAAAAGGGUUUAGAUGUUUUAAGAAAAA